CCCAAGUUGUACCCCUUUCCGUCAUCAACCGACCGAAGAGUACUUGUAGCCAACACCACCCGGACAGAGACAAUUCCCAUAGCAUCCAUGUUGAAAACUCCUAUACAAAUCUAUCUACUAUCUACCUACGUUAUCUAUCAUACCUAAGCCUUAAAUUGAGAUUAUGGGAGAACCUGCACCUCUGGGGAUCCGUUUACCGAGUACAUCGCCGGCUCGCCGAGAUCCCCGAGGUUACCGACAUGACCGACCUACGGAACUUUCCGUGGAUGAAGUUGAUAGUCGACGUUACCUCCGCCUUAGAUACCCUAUGUUCCCCGACUUCAUUGCCCGCAGACACUUUGCUGACAUCGAAUGUUUAAGGCAAGGAUAUCGCUUUUUUGGUUUAUCUCCGACAAGCUUGCAGACAACUCAAGGUAUGCGUGCUUAACUCCAGAAUUUGGGUAUGAUGAUUGAUUUUAGGAUAAUGCUUUAGAAUAAGGAUCGUGUGAUGUAGACUGGACGGUCGAUUUUCGCUGGAUUGUGUAGGAGUCUACCUGAGUUCCAUUUAUAAACGACUUUGUUGCACAUUCCAGACCUCUGUAGAUCAGAAAAAGAUAGGUAUUACGAAAUACAUACCAGCUACACAGAGAUGCACUAUCUUAUACUUCUCCUCAUUCCAUUACUCGCUUGGUCAGCAUCAAAACUGAUUCUUUGGGCCUUUACUUUGCCUGGACUGCGGACAAAGUCGCUGCCACCUGGACCCCCCGUUCUCCCCUUUCUCGGAAACUCGCACGAAAUUCCCAAAACAGGAGUUCAUUUACUAUUUACAAAAUGGGCCAAGACUUACGGACCGGUGUUUUCACUCAAAAUCGGGCGCGGGACCAUGGUCGUCCUGACUUCAGCGUAUCACGGAUCCCAGCUGUUAGAUAAGCGCUCGGCGUACUCGAGCAACAGGCCUCCCUCGUACGUGCUAGGUGAACGGGUCUUUUCUGGAGACCACCCGAUGUUCAUGAAUGCCGACGAGCGAUGGAAGUUGCGGCGGAAGCUAUACUUCCAGCUGCUGCAGGAGUCGAGGUGCGACAGGGAGCACAUCCCGCUUCUCGAGGCCGAGUCUGCGCAGCUGGUUCGCGAUAUAUGCCUUGAGCCGGAUUCUUUGAUGUUUCAUCCAGGACGGAUGGCCAACAGCGUCACGAUGUGUCUAGUGUACGGUGUUCGUACCCCUGAAUACAAUACGCCCCACUACGUCGAGCUGCGCAAAAUCAUGACAGAGCUCAGCGUGCUCGGUGAAAUUGGCGCUACUCCGCCCGUUGAACUUAUCUCCUUCACAAAAUACUUACCGCAGCGUCUCUGGGGAAAUUGGAAAACCCGGGCCGACGUUCUGCGAAAAGGCAUCCACGAUCUCCACUCUCCGCUGGUCGACCGAGUAAUGGAGCGCCGCGAAAAGCUCGGGUCGUGCGAUUCCUUCCUCGACCACGUCCUGGACCAGCAGGAGAAGUUGAAGCUUACGAGAAACGAAAUCGAUGUUAUGUGCGGAAAUCUCCUCGAGGGAGGCACAGACACGAUGGCAAACACCAUCCUCACGCUUUGCCAGGCCAUGGCGCUCUAUCCAGACUUCCAGGAAGAAGCGCAUAGGGAGAUUGACGCGGUACUGUCUGACACUGAAUUGCCUACUUGGAAGGACUUGGAGAGACUCCCGUAUGUCAAUAUGGUGGUCAAGGAGCUCCUGCGUUGGCGGCCGCCUGCCCCUACCGCUUUUCCACAUGCAUUAGUCAAGGACGAUGAAAUUGAGGGCAUGAAACUUCCCAACGGAUCAACAGUCGUGCUGAACGUCUGGGGCGUGCACCAAGACGCGACGCGCUACCGCGACCCAGAAAAGUUCAACCCCUCACGGUUCGCCGCGCACACUCAACUCGCCUCAGUCUACGCCAACUCGGGCGACUACGAGAAGCGGGAUCACUACAGCUACGGGAUUGGGCGGCGCAUCUGCCCCGGCAUUCAUCUAGCAGAGCGCGCACUCUUCUUAGGCGUUGCUAAGUUAAUCUGGGGGUUUGAUUUCCAGCAGAAGAGGGAUGCGGCGGGGAACCCGAUUAGCAUUGACAUAGCGCCUGAAACGGGGUACGAUGAUGGGUUUUUGAACCAGUGUCGCCCGUUCGAGGUCGAUAUCACGGUUAGAUCGGAGAAGCGCAAGGAGGUGAUUCUUGCGGAUGCGGCGAGGGCGGAGGCGGACAUUUUUAGUAUCUAUUCGAGAUAGCUUGAUGAAAAGAUGUUUAAGGUUAAGGAGGGUAAUCAACUACCUACCCAGGAGCAGAUAUCAUAAUUCUUUUUUGAAAUGGCACAUUGAACUACCUACUUGGUUUUGGGUACUGGGUAGAUACUUGAGUACCCAGGUGCUCAGCAAGUAAGGCCAUCGCAAAUCUUACCCCUGAAUAACAAUUCUGAUUUAUAA